AUGGAGUACUUCGAUAAACUGUAUGGGACUAGUUACAGCUCCGCACAACCUCCCAGCUCCUGGAAUGACUAUGAGCUCCGUGAUCCUCUUGCGAAACCUCAAGGCCCAAAACCUCAGAGGGACAAAGAAGAGAACUUGCUACUUGGGGUGGGCGACAUCUUUGCAGGCUCCGAGCCCAAACGGAGAGGAUCCACGAAGGCAAAAGCCACCACCAUGGAGUCCUCACUCUCACCACUGGGCUCUUCGUCGAACCAACCCAUCCGGAGUCUACCCCGUUUGAACAGCACCAGAGGCCGGCGCAGAAUUUCGAAAGAGGAACUCGAGGUGGUGCUAGGAAAGGCCGGUACCACCAGUGAAAAAUUGACCGGAGACUCAGAGACGCGGAGCGAGACCAAGAAUAUUCGUCUUCGCACUCUGUCAUCCCCGGCUGGUCUGCGCCAGCAUGGUUCAGGCGAUAAUUCAGGAGAGAAACCAGAUUCGCGAGAUGACACCGGGUCAAAUGAAGGCGAGACAAAUCCGCGAGAAGAAGGAGAUAAAUCAGACGAGGGGGAUAAGCAAGACAAGCCACCUGCACCGGCAGGCGGUGGUGGAUCAGACCCGCCAGAUGAUAAAGAUAAACAACCGCCAAAAGACAAAGGCAAAGACAGGGCGAAGGAAUCGGAUGAUGAUGCAAUUGAGCCAGAACACGAUAAAGACAAACCAGGACCGUCAGGAGACAAGGACAAAGGCGAGACAGAGCAGCCGGAUGAUGAUGAUGAAAUUACGCCAGUACACGAUAAAGACAACCCAGGGCCGCCAGAAGACAAGGGCAAAGGCAAGACAGAGCAGCUGGAUGAUGAUGAUGAAAUUACGCCAGUACACGAUAAAGACAACCCAGGGCCGCCAGAAGACAAGGGCAAAGGCAAGGCGGCGGCGGAGGAGGAGGAGGAGGAACCACUAAGUGAAAGUGAUAUCUACAGGCCACCGUCUGAUAAACUCAACAAUCUGCCUCCUGCUGAAAUGCGUGAGAUGCCGCCUCGUCUGGAGGGCAAUCCCUAUUUCCCCCAGCCGAUAGUCAAUCCUGCGAACGUGCAUCGUCACGUGCGUCCUCCAAAGGUGGCGCCUGAGCCCAACCCGGAGUACGCUCCUCCUCCACCGGAACCCCGGUUGCGUGCUGCUUGGAAUGAAAUACGCAGGAGGCAACGGCAUGUGGUUGCUCGGGUUUUGCAUGGACCAGCCCCUGGUGACGGCCUUAUGCGUGACCCUCCAUCAAAAAUGCCUCCCAAAAGGCAGAAGCCCAAGGUAAAAAAGGACAAAAAGGACGAUGAACCACCUCAGCCACCACCACCACCACCCCCCCCGGGAGGCUCGUAA